GUGUGAAUAUCAUGUGACCGGCUUUAUGUUGGAGUCUCAAGGUAUAUAAUUGGCAUCUUGUGAGAAUUACAUCGAGUUGUACACCCACCAAAAUAUCUAUUGACAAGAUGGUGACUUGGCACCUUGCUGUAUUUCUCUGCAUGCUCGGAGGAGCAUUGGCAGCAGGAAAGAAAAAUGUUCUCCUUUUUGAGUCAGAACGAGUCCCUGAGGGCGGGCUUCUGGGCGAACACAAUGUCGGUGCCAAUGGCAGUUGCGCCAAUCCCAAAUUCAUCUGCUCCGGAAAUAGCACCUGCUGCCAGACGGGGAAGGAAUCUUUUAUGUGCUGCCCUUUUGUAGAGGGUGUAUGCUGCAUGGAUCGUCUUCACUGCUGCCCCAAGGGGAGCCACUGUGACGUGCCGCACAAACGCUGCUUCCGGACCACUGAAAACGGCGUGGAGUUUAUCGCCAUGGAGCAGAGUUAUCGCCCUCUCGAGCGGAAGUCUGCUAAGAAUUCUGUAGAGCGUGUGGUGUGCCCAGGAGGAACAUCUUACUGCCCUAAUGGAACCACCUGUUGUCAACUUGCUUCUGGACAGUAUGGCUGCUGUCCAUUGCCACAGGCUACAUGCUGCUCUGACCAUCUUCACUGCUGCCCCAACGGCUACAAGUGUGAUGUUUCUGCUGGUACCUGCACCAGGGGUGGAGAUGUUCUGUCUUUAUUCAAGAAGGAGCCUGCCACUGAGAUGGAGACCAAAGUAGAGCAUGUGGUGUGCCCAGGAGGAACAUCUUACUGCCCUGAUGGAACCACCUGUUGUCAACUUGCUUCUGGACAGUAUGGCUGCUGUCCAUUGCCACAGGCUACAUGCUGCUCUGACCAUCUUCACUGCUGCCCCAACGGCUACAAGUGUGAUGUUGCUCAUGGAAAAUGCCUCAGGGGUGGAGAUGUUCUUUCUUGGUUCAACAAGGAACCUGCCACUGAGAUUGAGACCAAAGUAGAGCAUGUGGUGUGCCCAGGAGGAACAUCUUACUGCCCUGAUGGAACCACCUGUUGUCAACUUGCUUCUGGACAGUAUGGCUGCUGUCCAUUGCCACAGGCUACAUGCUGCUCUGACCAUCUUCACUGCUGCCCCAACGGCUACAAGUGUGAUGUUGCUCAUGGAAAAUGCCUCAGGGGUGGAGAUGUUCUCUCUUGGUUCAACAAGGAACCUGCCACUGAGAUUGAGACCAAAGUAGAGCAUGUGGUGUGCCCAGGAGGAACAUCUUACUGCCCUGAUGGAACCACCUGUUGUCAACUUGCUUCUGGACUGUAUGGCUGCUGUCCUUUGCCACAGGCUACAUGCUGCUCUGACCAUCUUCACUGCUGCCCCAACGGCUACAAGUGUGAUGUUGCUCAUGGAAAAUGCCUCAGGGGUGGAGAUGUUCUUUCUUGGUUCAACAAGGAACCUGCCACUGAGAUUGAGACCAAAGUAGAGCAUGUGGUGUGCCCAGGAGGAACAUCUUACUGCCCUGAUGGAACCACCUGUUGUCAACUUGCUUCUGGACUGUAUGGCUGCUGUCCUUUGCCACAGGCUACAUGCUGCUCUGACCAUCUUCACUGCUGCCCCAACGGCUACAAGUGUGAUGUUGCUCAUGGAAAAUGCCUCAGGGGUGGAGAUGUUCUUUCUUGGUUCAACAAGGAACCUGCCACUGAGAUUGAGACCAAAGUAGAGCAUGUGGUGUGCCCAGGAGGAACAUCUUACUGCCCUGAUGGAACCACCUGUUGUCAACUUGCUUCUGGACAGUAUGGCUGCUGUCCAUUGCCACAGGCUACAUGCUGCUCUGACCAUCUUCACUGCUGCCCCAACGGCUACAAGUGUGAUGUUGCUCAUGGAAAAUGCCUCAGGGGUGGAGAUGUUCUUUCUUGGUUCAACAAGGAACCUGCCACUGAGAUUGAGACCAAAGUAGAGCAUGUGGUGUGCCCAGGAGGAACAUCUUACUGCCCUGAUGGAACCACCUGUUGUCAACUUGCUUCUGGACAGUAUGGCUGCUGUCCAUUGCCACAGGCUACAUGCUGCUCUGACCAUCUUCACUGCUGCCCCAACGGCUACAAGUGUGAUGUUGCUCAUGGAAAAUGCCUCAGGGGUGGAGAUGUUCUCUCUUGGUUCAACAAGGAACCUGCCACUGAGAUUGAGACCAAAGUAGAGCAUGUGGUGUGCCCAGGAGGAACAUCUUACUGCCCUGAUGGAACCACCUGUUGUCAACUUGCUUCUGGACAGUAUGGCUGCUGUCCUUUGCCACAGGCUACAUGCUGCUCUGACCAUCUUCACUGCUGCCCCAACGGCUACAAGUGUGAUGUUGCUCAUGGAAAAUGCCUCAGGGGUGGAGAUGUUCUUUCUUGGUUCAACAAGGAACCUGCCACUGAGAUUGAGACCAAAGUAGAGCAUGUGGUGUGCCCAGGAGGAACAUCUUACUGCCCUGAUGGAACCACCUGUUGUCAACUUGCUUCUGGACAGUAUGGCUGCUGUCCAUUGCCACAGGCUACAUGCUGCUCUGACCAUCUUCACUGCUGCCCCAACGGCUACAAGUGUGAUGUUGCUCAUGGAAAAUGCCUCAGGGGUGGAGAUGUUCUUUCUUGGUUCAACAAGGAACCUGCCACUGAGAUUGAGACCAAAGUAGAGCAUGUGGUGUGCCCAGGAGGAACAUCUUACUGCCCUGAUGGAACCACCUGUUGUCAACUUGCUUCUGGACAGUAUGGCUGCUGUCCAUUGCCACAGGCUACAUGCUGCUCUGACCAUCUUCACUGCUGCCCCAACGGCUACAAGUGUGAUGUUGCUCAUGGAAAAUGCCUCAGGGGUGGAGAUGUUCUCUCUUGGUUCAACAAGGAACCUGCCACUGAGAUUGAGACCAAAGUAGAGCAUGUGGUGUGCCCAGGAGGAACAUCUUACUGCCCUGAUGGAACCACCUGUUGUCAACUUGCUUCUGGACAGUAUGGCUGCUGUCCUUUGCCACAGGCUACAUGCUGCUCUGACCAUCUUCACUGCUGCCCCAACGGCUACAAGUGUGAUGUUGCUCAUGGAAAAUGCCUCAGGGGUGGAGAUGUUCUUUCUUGGUUCAACAAGGAACCUGCCACUGAGAUUGAGACCAAAGUAGAGCAUGUGGUGUGCCCAGGAGGAACAUCUUACUGCCCUGAUGGAACCACCUGUUGUCAACUUGCUUCUGGACAGUAUGGCUGCUGUCCUUUGCCACAGGCUACAUGCUGCUCUGACCAUCUUCACUGCUGUCCCAACGGCUACAAGUGUGAUGUUGCUCAUGGAAAAUGCCUCAGGGGUGGAGACAUUCUAUCAUGGAUGACCAAAAAAGUGGCCACUCCAAUUUCUCCCAAAGCUGAGGUAGACCGUGUAGUGUGCCCAGGAGGAUCUUCCUUCUGUCCCGAUGGAAGCACCUGUUGUCAGCUGUCUUCUGGACAAUAUGGCUGCUGUCCUCGACCAUCGGCUACAUGUUGCUCUGACCAUCUUCACUGCUGCCCCAACGGCUACAAGUGUGAUGUUGCUCAUGGAAAAUGCAUCAGGGGUGGAGACAUUCUCUCUUGGUUCGACAAGGAACCUGCCACUGAGAUUGCCCCCAAACCUGAGGUAGAGCAUGUGGUGUGCCCAGGAGGAACAUCUUACUGCCCUGAUGGAACCACCUGUUGUCAACUUGCUUCUGGACAAUAUGGCUGCUGUCCAUUGCCAUCAGCUACAUGCUGCUCUGACCAUCUUCACUGCUGCCCCAACGGCUACAAGUGUGAUGUUGCUCAUGGAAAAUGCAUCAGGGGUGGAGAUGUUCUCUCUUGGUUCAACAAGGAACCUGCAACUCCUGUAUUGCUGCCCUAAUGGCUUCUGAUGUGACCUGAUCCAGUAGACCUGUGUGACGGGAGACCAGAUCACCUCUUGGCUCAGCAAGACACCUGCCACAUUGCUGUGGAAUGUGUCGCACUCAUUGGGGCUAAUUUAAUUAGUUAGCAAUCAUUUGUAUAUAUGUUUUUUUGUUUUUGACUUCACAAAAAAAGAUGUGUUUGCUUUUAUUUUUAAACUGUAAUUUGUAUGUGUUGUCUUUGUCCAUUGAUUCUAAAACAAUUUUUUAAUACAAUCAUGUAUAUUUGACACUGCUGAGUAUAUAGAUGAAGCAGAAGUUUGAAAGAUAUUUGAACAAUUGUGCAAGAUGACUGUGGACAAUAUAUUUUUACAACAAAGAUAACAAUUCCUCUUAACAACACCCAUUGAUGCCUGAAAAUUUAGUGUGAGACUGUUCAGCAGGCAGCUCAACUAUAUUUAUAUAUUAGUGUGUAUUCCUUGUGUCACAGACUCGGUGAAAUGUGCUAUACUUAUUGUUGCUCAUUGAGUUUUUCAUCACAAAUUGGAAUGAAUCUGAUUUGGUGUAGAUUGUCAUCUCUUAUUUAAUUAUCAUGACUAACAUUCCAUUUCAUUGUGAAGUUUGUUCUCCCUUCAUGUGAUGUGCUAUGUGAAAAUGACAGUUCUUAUUUUGCGUUUUAAUGUCACACGUUAAAUCUGUGUAGCCUACUUUUUGUGUUAGUUGCUUUUGAAAUUAAAGGACUCAUUAUGAAGAUAUUGAUGAAUGUAGGUUUUUUUCAAACUUUUAUAAUUCUCUUUUCCAUUUCUUUGGGAAGAUCGUUCUUCCUUAAAGUUGUUUAUUAUAGAAGUCAUGGUGCUUUUGAUUCAAAGUUCUUUUUUUCUUUCCUGUGUUUUCGCUCACAUGGCAAUAUUACAGCUGAGUACUUUUGUUAUAUUUCUUUGAAAUUCAAUGACUCAAUACAAAGAUAUUGAUAACUGUAGAUUUUUCAUACUUCUAUAAUUCUCUUGGCUCUUGCGUAUAGCUCAGGGGACUGGUUUCUCCUUGUACAUUCUGGCUACAUAUUGAAUAAGAACUAGGAAGUCUCUUGUGGACAGGAAGACUGGAUGACUGCUUUUGGUUUACAAGUGAGGAUUGUUGAAAAAAUGCUUAUAUUCUGUCCAAUAGAAAAGUGUCAUAAGUGUGUAUGUGUAUGCUUUUUAAAAUCUUCAGACUUCAUGAUUCAAUGAGAUUUAAUGAGCAACAAUUAAAUGAAUGAUGCUUUUUCAA